CGAGGUGAUCCAUUCCUAACCUCCUGACUAAACUUAACACGAACGACGAGGAACGAGACACGAUAGCGGAAGAAUGGAAAAACGAGACACGGAGACCUGGCUUAGUGGCGCUUGCUGUAGGAAACUCUGUACUGGUCUCAGGCAUGCAAACUCAUCUUGUCACUCAGGAGACAAUGCUCACGGCAAGGGAGAGAGGCAUGGGCAGAGCUGCCAGAGACGCCAGAGACAUCGUUUCGAUGGAUCUUUGCCUGACAUGAGGGAAAGAGAGGGAGUUUCCAGAAGGUAUAAGAAAGAGAAGAUUCUCCGGCUUCUGUCCAACUUUCCUUUCCCUCCUCACCCUCAUCAUCAUUACACUCCGCAUCCUUAGGUCCUCUCUUCCUCUCUCUCUUUACCUCGUUUCACUCGUUUACGACCCGAGGUCUAGUCAUUCUUUUACUUGCUUUCGUCACUCGUUUAGUCAUGCGUCGCACGGCUCUCGUCUUCCUCCUGGGCAAGGUCGCCCUGGGACAGAGCACCGCUCCGUUCCAGAACACCACCACGACCUCAUCCACGCGCACCUCGUCUUCCUCUGUCGUGGUUAGCUCCUCCUUCUCCACAACCAUCUCUGGUUCCACCUCGUUGAGCACUCUUCAGACCACCUCAACUGGCCAGACGACAAUCAGCAGCUUGACCACUUCCACCGGUCUGAGCACCACUGUGACGACUGAGGUCCCCAUCACGACUUCCGAUGAGGUCACGACCAUUGACACCACCUUCAGCUCCGAUGAGCCUCCCAUCACCACUGAAGGGUCUUUGACGACCACGAUUGACACCUCUCCCACCACCACUGGAACCGACACCUCCUCAACCUCGUCGUCUGCGACCCCGUCGGCCACCGUCAUCCCCAACCCCGGCAGCGUUGGCAACUUCUCUCUGCUUGGCUGCUUCGGCUCCACCGCCGGUUUCCCUACCUUCGAGCUCGUCCUGUCUGCCGCUUCCAUGACUCUUGACCUUUGCGUCGCUUCCUGCCCUGCCGGCAAGCGCUACGCCGGUCUCUUCGGCUCCGACUGCUUCUGCGGUGACAUCGUCAGCGAUGCCACUGCUACCCGCGUCUCUGAGGACAAGUGCUCCAUCUCCUGCCCGGGCAACUCUGGCCAGCGUUGUGGUGGCCGCAACGUUGGCGGUACCCUCAAGCGCCAGCUCAUCUCUGCCGAGAUCUUGUUGACCAUCUACGUCCGUAUUGAUGGUGGUAUCGAUGCCACCACCACUGCCACCGUCACCACCACUUUCACCUCUGCGACCACUGUCACCGUUGACGGCACUGCUUCCACUGGCGUCACCACCGUCACCACCACCUACUGCCCUCUGUGCCAGGACUGCCAGGGUCCCUUCUGCUACAAGCCUGCUCCCAACCCGUGCUCCAACGGCAAGUGCUUCGGCGUUCCUUGCUACGGUGAUGACUGCUACAAGAAGAUUGUGUCCUACGGCGACUACUGCGGAUACGACUACCCCUGCUACGGUGCCGACUGCCAGCGCCGUCUCGUCUGGACCGAUGGCACCUGGCACCCUGAGGUCUGCUCCGGAUACGACUGCGGCCGCAAGAUCAAGUGUGUCUCCGGAAAGUGCGACUACGUCGUCAAGGGCUCCGACUUCGACUCCGAGAAGAUUGUCUGCUACGGCAACGUCUGCAAGGUCGAGACCUGCUCCGGUGAUGAGUGCAACAAGAAGUACGUCUGCAAGGACGACUCCUGCGUCUUCGAGUCCUGCCCGUACGCCGAUGCCAACAAGAAGUAUGAGUACAAGAACGACAAGUACAUCGAGGUCAAGGGCUGCAACGGCUCCUGCCCUGUUCCCCAGCCUCCCUGCUCUGGCGACUCUUGCAAGGUUGUCAUCCCCGUUCCUCCCGUCACCACUGUUGCUUGCGACGGCACCACCUGCAGCACCGUUGUCAUCCCCCAGCCUCCCGUCACCAAGACUCCCUUCGUCCCGGCCACCAACACCAUGCCCGCCGGCGCUCCCCCUACCGGCGCUCCCCCCGCUGGUUCUCCCCCGGCUGGUGCUCCCCCCGCCGGCACCCCUCCCGCUGGAGCUCCUCCCGCUGGCACCCCUCCCGCUGGAGCCCCUCCUGCCGGUGCUCCCCCUGCUGGCACUCCUCCCGCUGGUGCCCCUCCCGCUGGUGCCCCUCCCGCUGGUGCCCCUCCCGCUGGUGCCCCUCCCGCCGGUGCCCCUCCCGCCGGUGCUCCUCCUGCCGGUGCUCCUCCUGCCGGUGCUCCUCCUGCUGGAGCUCCCCCGGCUGGUGUUCCCCCGGCUAACUCUGCCGCCCCUCCUGCUGGCGGCAGCCCCACCGGCACUGCGACUGCCAAGCCCCCCGUCGUCACGGCCGGCACCAGCAAGUUCGCUGCCAGCUUCGGCGCUCUUGCCUUCAGCGUUCUUGCUGCCGCUGUCCUUCUGUAAGGGACUCGUCUGAGCAUGGAUGGAUAUUCUCUUCUCUUGACUCUACUAUGGGUCUGUUAAUGGUUAUCAGCUGGUGGUUUGUGGUAGGAGUAGUGGUUUUCUUCGAUAGUGGCCUAGCGGUUUUUGGGAGCAUCUUCGGAUCUCUCUGCUCGGCUAUGGAUGGACCUUUGACAAACGAUUUGACGAUAUAGAUAAUAAAGCGUGUGUUUCGCCACAUACAACAUCUUGCCCUCUUCCGUGACUUUGCCUUCGAUGCUCGGGAUUUCAAUGGUGG